UUCACAAAUGGCAGAUUCACUCGCGAUAUAAACUGAAUGGUCGGUGGCCUGUCAGGAUAAUCUUCGCCACAAACAAUCUUCAGACUGUAGAUUCGGUUCUCGUGCACGGUCUAAACACACCAUGAUCGGUUCGUGAAUCAGUCAAUACCACGCCCGAUUUUUAUAACGAUAUGAACGUACAUGUCCUGGACCAAUGAUCGUGCCGUUCCAAUCGCUCAUCAUAAUGUCGUCUCCGUCCUCAAGACCAUACGAGCAAGAGCCAUCGCCAAUGCCCUUCUCCCCCUUCUCGAGCUCCUCCAGCAAACGGAAAUUUCGAGGAACUAAAGCAGCAGUUCGUCAGUCAAUCGUACAAUAUAAUUACAGUAUAAAAGGAUAGGAUACCCUUCGCCAUAAGUCGAAAUGCAAGUGGUGGAAGUGAAGGAAGAGAUUCAAGUGGCCCUAAAUCCGGCGAUCGCGGCAAGCGCCGGCUGGGGUACUGUACUGCCUCCAACUGUGAGUUCUCGAUUACCGCAGUCACCAGCCUUACACCAACCUUUCAUUCCUACUUUCACUACAUACACUCACCGUUUACAUUUAUCAAGGGUCCUUGAAGAUGUUUAGAGGCGGACAAGCUAACCCUUACGAUGAGAUUGUCGUUAAGACAACGGAUGAGAACAUGACCAGUGAAAACUGGGAACUAAUACUCAAUCUGUGCGAUAAAGUACAGGAUGAGGGUGAACAAGGGGCACGGAAUGUGGUGGCUGCCAUCUUGAAGCGUCUCGCACAUCGGAAUCCUAAUGUUCAGCUAUACACACUUACGCUCGCAGAGGCACUCACCAAGAACUGCGGAAUACAUGUUCACCGAGAGAUCGCUUCUCGAGCCUUCACUCAGGGUUUGGAAAGAAUAGUCACCGAUAGGAACACUCAUGACAAAGUGAAGCGUCGGACGCUUUCAUUGAUUGCAGUGUGGACAAGCGAAUUUGAAAAGGACCCCACACUAGGCAUUAUGGAAGAAUUGUAUGAGAACCUGAAGGGUAAAGGCUAUAAAUUCGAGGCCCCCGAGGAAACCCCUCCGCCAGAAGUAGACGAUGAAGUGCGCCGACGAGAAGAGGAGGAGCUGCAACGGGCGCUCGAAAUGUCUAUGCACGACAAAGGCGGAAGAGGUCCGUUCUCGUCCUACUCCCUCGCAGCCGGCAAUGCUGGUUCUUCCGGUGCAGGAUCGAGUUCCAACCAGCCUGGUCCGACAGCUACUUCUGCCACCUCUACCAAACCGGCUCAAUCUCAGCAGGCUGUCUAUGGUGGUUACGUCCCAUCCGCUAACCCUAGUGUCUCCGCUUCCGCCAGCCCUGCUGACUACGCCUCCCAUACUUCUACCUCUGCGAUUACGCAGACACCUAGUGCUGUUAGUUACACUGCAAGCUCUCCUACCCCUUCUUCGAGGUCUACUGCGGACAGUUUACCUGUGGUUACUCGUGUACGGGCGUUGCAUACAUUCGAACCCACAGAAGCGGGCGAAUUGGGAUUCGAGAAGGGCGAUAUUAUCAAGGUGGUGGACCGUGGGUACAAGGAUUGGUGGCGAGGGCAAUUAAAGGGGAGAACUGGUAUUUUCCCUGUGAAUUAUGUGGAACCUUUGCCAGAACCCACGGCUGCAGAAUUGGCGAAGGAAGCAGAACAGGAAGCUGCUGUCUUCAAUCAAGCUGCGAAUGUUGACAGGCUGUUGACCGCGCUGCGGCAGAUGGAUCCUGCGAAGGAUAAUUUGGCCGAUAAUGAGGAGAUCCAGGAGCUUUACAGAUCCUGUAUGUCCUUAAGACCGAAGAUUGUCAAGCUCAUUGACAAGUACAGUCAAAAGAGAGCUGACCUGGUAUCUAUGAACGAGAGCUUCGUCAAAGCUAGGACCAUCUUUGAUCGCAUGAUGGAGGAGAGUCUGGCUCGUCACACUGGAGUGUACGACGGACGACCCAGCUACGCCCCAGUCCAACCCUAUCCACCUCGUCCUGACUCCCGCGCACCUCACGAGUACCCAGGUCAAGGGCCACAAGCAUUCGGCUGGAACCCUAAUGUGUACGAUCAACCAGGGUACAACGCCUACCCCGCCCCUCCUGCUGCCUAUGCUCCUGGACCAGAACCAGCUUUCCCGGGCGCACCGACGCCAUACGGCGUCCCUGAUGCGUAUGGUCAACAUACUCAACCUGUUCCACCUGCGUAUGGUCACCCUCAACCCGGCCAGCCUCAGCAACCUCCUUACGGGGUACCAGCAGGAUAUGGUGCUCCUACUCCACAUGAACCUCAGGGUUAUCCAAGUCAGGUACCUCCGCAGGCUCAACAUGUUGGCUCGCAACCACCACCACAGGUAUCACCUCCCCUUGAGUCAACGCCUGCGUCGCAGCCUUUGGUAGGUUAUCAGGGUGUACCUCCCCAGCCUGACGUGCAGGCUCAGUAUGUGCCACAGCAACAACCUCAGAUCCAUCCUCAGCUUCAAUCGCAGCCGACUUUGCAGUCUCAACCUCAGCCGCAACAGCAAGCUCAACCUAUCCCAACCCAACCUGCUACUGCUGCAGCAGCUCAGCCUCAGACCCAAGUCCAGGCUCAACCACAGCCACAGCCAAUCCAGCAGCAGCAGCAAUCGGUACAGCAGCAGCAACCACAAGGCGGUCCUCCCUUUGUUUUCGAUCCUAACGGUACCUACGAGGAUCCUAAUGUCCAAGCAUGGGCCCAAUACUAUGCUCAUGGAGGUACAGACCCUACCGGAUCAGUCUACUUCAUUUCAGUGCCUGGCGUAAAGGAGGAGAAACCUGCGCCUUCACGAGCUGGCACACAGGAAAUGGUCGUUGGCUUGCAACCACAACAGCAGCAACCUCAGAGUGCGGGACCGACUGCGGCUACUCCAUUGAACGUCCAACACGUUGAUGGAGCGCAACCUGCAGCCGUCCAAACUCCGAGCUCGCCUUCGCAACAACAGUCGUUCUACCAGCCUCCAGCCGGCGCUCCUGCUCAAUCUACCGCCAGUCCCCAGCCAACUGCAUACGGAGCGUCGCCAUAUGGUGCUUCAUCAUACCCUACGGGUGCUCCAAACACUGGACCUGCUGCUCCAGGCGGAGGGGACCAGCAAGCUUGGCAACAACAAUAUUAUAACAUGCCGAACCAGUUUGCGAAUAUGAGCGUAGGUGGAGAAGGUACCCAAGCUCCUGGACCGCAGGUCGGGACACCUGCUUAGAUGUGUACAUAUGAUGGAAGAUGAAAACGACGUAGUUAGAUGGACGAUGUAAGUUAUUACACGGCCUGCCUGAGGAGUCUCUCGUAUGAGUUACUGCGAUGGGAGGCUGAGCCGUACACGAGUGUACGGGGUUCUGUCUACUGUAUGUAUAUAUUUCUGAUUCCUUUAUCUUUCAGGACAGCCUGGAAAAAGAUCCAGUAUCUUUUGUCACCACAUUGUUAUGCUUGUAUGUAAUCUUCCUUUUUUUUUUCUAGUAUGAGUUUAUGUCCAUUCCAAACCUUGAUGGGGGAAUCGGAGCACCGAGUGAACAGAUAGAAAAACUUAGUCGUAGACCCUAUUCUGAAGCGGUAUGCCAAUGGCUCGAUAUGAACGAGUACAG